AUGAAGAACCCCGUAAGUCCCAUCGAGGAGAGCAAGACGGCCAUGUGCCUGUCCCCACAAGAGAAACUAAAGAGCGCGGCAGUACAGCGCAACAAGCGUUCGCAUGCUGCAGGUGUGCUGGCCGGUGCCGGUGACGCGAAGAAGGCACGUCUGGACGACAUGUUCAAGAACGAGUUCGAAGUCGACCUGGACGGAUGGAUCAGUGACGACUACGUGCGUGCAAUGGACUUUGACGACCGACUCAAUCAGGAUAUCGACUGGGUGGGCCACGACGAUAUGGACCUGGCGCUGAGCAUGGACGCUCUGGCGCAGGACCACACGACUAGCGACGACGUCAACGACUUCUCUUCGUUCCUGCGCGGCGGCUUGGCCUUCGAGGACCCCGCGGACAUGGCUUCGACCUUCGUUGAUCCGGCCUACAUCCACUUGGAGUCGAGCACCACCAAGGACGCCGAGAAGCUCCUCAUGAGCUUCGACACCAUGAACUUUAAGAUCCCGUCGCCUACCAGCACUUCAAGCAAGAAACGUAGCAGCAUCUUUUUGGACAAGGACACUGAACCGAAACAGGUUAGUGACAAGACCACGACGACAACAGGAACCUCUGCCAGCUCUCUUGCAGCCAACUCGGCUGCUGCUGAAGAGCUACGCAAGGAGCAGGCUCGUGUAUCUGCAGCAAGCAGCUCCACGUCGGUGGACUCGCUUCUCAGUGUUCUUAACGUGGGAUCGUCCACAUCCAAGCAGAACUCGACCGAGAAGAAGAUUGGCUCGUACAGCCCGGCAGCACGCAAGCUGCGUCUUCAGAAGUUCCACGAGAAACGCAAAAACCGCACGUGGAAGAAGAGUAUCAAGUACGAUUGCAGGAAAAAGCUAGCCGACGACCGUCCGCGUAUCAAGGGGCGAUUCGUGCGCGUACUGGAGAACGCCGGCGACGCUAAGACUGGCACGGCUUCGCGCAGUGCGUCACCACCGGGCUCGCUGUGUGCUGGGUACGCGUCUCCUACCUCUGUCCCCGGCGUGAUGGCUCCACCGGCCAUGACGCCGGCAGCCAAACCCCAGGUGUCGGCUGUGCCUCGAGUGACUGCAACGUGUGCAAAGCAGCAGACCCCAGUAUCCAAACCCGCGCCAGUACCGACAACACCGGCAACCAACGCAGCAGCAUUACCAUUCGCCCGUAUGAUCGCGAGCGUGUGACGUAGUUGUGUGUUUGAGGUCGGAUGUAUGACAAGCUUCGCAAUGGGGCGAGACUAAGUAUGAUAUGAUAGUGUAGACAAAAGCUGGUUUUGGCGCAGUGUGGCCGAAGCUAAAGACAUCGCGGACGAAAG